ACGUGAGUACGUGACUCACUCUGAGUCUCGAUGACCUUCGUCUCCACUCUCCAGCACGCAGUCGCAGUUGUCGUCUGGGGUGGUGGUGGUGGUGGGCCGAGGUGGAGUCGUCGGAUCUCACACACGCAACUCUCUCAAGACUCAAGAGAGGAAAGGUUGCUUUCCGGCCGGAAAGGGAGGCGAGCGCGAGACCCCUGUGAUCCCAAUUAAGCGCCCAGCCGCGACGGCCCCAAAACGGCAAACCUCCCCAGCCCGCCCGCCCGCGCCGCCCGACCGCGAUGCCACCCACGCCGCCGGAGACGGAGACGGAGCCGGAAUUCGCCGAGGUCGACCCCACCGGCCGCUACGGGCGGUACACGGAGGUUCUCGGCAAGGGCGCCUUCAAGACGGUGUAUCCUUCCAUUCCCCCUGGGCGUUUGACGCCUGGGUCUGAUUCGGGGCCCUUUGACUUCGCGCGAUCGAUUAAAGAUCCCGGCUUUACGCGGUCCAUGCCAUGGGAGGGGACCGUUUCUUAGGUUCUCGCCGAUUUGGAUCGGCUCCAUGGUUUCUGAUGCGCUCAUUGCUCAAAGUUCCAGGCCCGAUGCCACUCUCUCUAUAUAUGAAUAUGAUGCCUCACAUAUUGCCUUUUUGUUGGGAAUCCUGAUCUCCUUUCAUUUAAAAUACGUGACCGCAUUGCUCUGCUGUGACUGCCUGAUGCAUUGUCUCCAUUUCAGUUCCCAAUUCCAUUUUGUACCUUCUGUCCUAGGCUAUCAACUCGACAUUUUGGUAUGGCGGUUACGGGCUUACAGCCAGGGUGGUUUUACUUGGUGCUAUCAAAUGAAGACCCACAUGUUUACCCACGGGGGAUGGAAUAUUUUCUUAGGUUCUUGGCACUUUGCCCAGUGAUUGCAUCGUGCCACUUGGAUUGGCUCGAUGCUUUCUGAUGCGCUUGUUGUCCAAAGUUCCUGCCCUGAUGCCUCUAGAUACAAAGCUUUUGAUCAACUUGAAGGACUAGAAGUUGCUUGGAACCAGAUCAAAGUUGGAGAUUUACUUCGGAACAAUGAUGAUUUGGAGAGGCUGAGAUCAGAAGUGCGGUUGCUUAAAACCCUCAAGCAUAAAAACAUAAUAAAGUUCUACAAUUCAUGGCUUGACAAAAGAAGCAACAAUAUAAAUUUCAUCACGGAGGUUUUCACAUCAGGGACGUUGCGCCAGUACCGGAUUAAGCACAAGAAGGUAGACAUUAGAGCUUUAAAGAAAUGGUCAAGGCAAAUCUUGAGUGGUCUUGUCUACCUGCACAGCCAUGAUCCACCAGUGAUCCAUAGAGACUUAAAAUGUGACAAUAUAUUCGUGAAUGGAAACCAGGGUGAAGUAAAGAUUGGAGACCUUGGUUUAGCGACUAUCCUGGAUAAUGCACGUUCAGCUCAUAGUAUCAUUGGUACACCGGAAUUCAUGGCACCGGAACUCUAUGACGAGGAAUAUAAUGAGCUUGUAGACAUCUAUGCUUUUGGGAUGUGUUUACUGGAGCUUGUUACAUUUGAGUACCCAUAUUGUGAAUGUUCAAAUGCAGCACAGAUAUAUAGAAAAGUAUCUGAUGGUGAAAAGCCAGGUUCACUGGCUAAGAUUGGUGAUCCUGAAGUAAAAUUAUUUAUAGAGAAAUGCAUUGCUAAAGUCACUGAAAGACUUUCGGCAAAUGAACUCUUAAUGGAUCCUUUUCUCCUAGAUGUUAGUGAUGAAAAAAUAUUCUAUCCAGUGCAUCCAAAUAUUAAUACAACAGAUACUGGUAGUCCAAAACCAAGCUCUAGUUUCAGAUAUGACGGAGUAGCAUCAUCUGCCGGUCGCCAUGAUCGCUCAGGUAGCAUGUCAGAUUCACAUCCUUCUGAUAACUAUGUACAUGACACUGUGGAUCCACAUGCUGCAAUUGGUCGAAGUAUCACAGUCGAGAGUCAACGGAAGGAUUUGAAUACAAUAUUUUUGAAGCUGCGCAUUGCUGAUCCAACAGGUCAUGCCCAAAACAUCCACUUCCCCUUUGAUAUUGAAGCGGACACUUCAAUCAGUGUUGCAACUGAGAUGGUUGUGCAGCUCGAUCUCACAGAUCAAGAUGUAACGGCAAUUGCAGAAAUGAUAGAUGCUGAAAUACGUUCGCAUAUUCCUGAUUGGGCAGCAGAGGAGUCAAUUGACAACCAAGGGGAUGAAGCUGCUCACUCUGAGACCCAUAGUUCAGAAGGUGAUGAGGGAACUUCUGAACUGCGUGAUGAGAUCGGUGCCUCACAUAACGGUUUUGUUCAAGAACAGCUUCCCUCUGGACGGAAGUACUGGUCAGACUCACCCAGGAGAGACGGUGAAAUAUCUCAAUCGGUGGUGGAACAUCAAAUUGGUGAUAGUAGUGCCAAUGGAAUACCAAAGAGGAACAAAGUAGAUGGCAUUGUGAUCUGUGCACGAGAUGAGGAGGAUCAAUCCUUCGGCUCUUCCAUCCAUCCCGCUGAAGCCAUGUUUGAACGAAUAUCAUCAUCUGUGGACUUGUCGAACCCAUCUGCGGUCGACAGCAUGUCUAGGGAUGCUUCUGUUGGUGGCAGCCCUCACUCUUUAGACGGUGAGGAGGAGCACAAUUCUGAUCAGCAUCUGGCAGCAGGUGUCACUGAGAGGUUAAUAGACCUGUUGGCUCAGCAGCAAGAGGAGCUUCGUGCGCUGCAAAGGAAGCACAAGGCGGACAUAGAGGAGAUGCUGAAAAUCGUACCUGCGGAGGAUCGGGAAGAGACCUUAACUCUAUGCCACUUGAAGGCGGAACAGAAAAACAGAGCCGCCGAACCUUAGAUAAACUGUCUCAUGUGCAUGUUCCUCUGUGUGCUGUUAGAUUUAUACAUACUCACACCAAGGAGUUGUUGUUUACACUUUACAGCCGUUGUUGUGCAAAAGUUGGACCUCUGUUGUGCAGAAGAUAAGUCUGAAGCCUUUUUCAUUGUUCUUUUUUGACAUAAUGGAGAAGCUGGGGGAGUGCUUGUCUCUGGAGGACCUCCAAUUCAGUGACCGAGCACUAAAUAGUAAUCAGGUUCUUUUUGACAUAAUGGAGAAGCUGAGUUUUUGACGGCAAAGAUGAAGUUCCUGCCCACCAAAUGAAAUCUGCAGAUGCCACUUUGAUGCCGCUGCGUGCCUGAAUUAACGGUUCAUAAGGAGUGCCUCCCUUCCUUUUUCUUUUCUUUUCUUAUUUGUUUCUUCUGUACUUUGACUUGCCAAGGAUAUACAUCAGUGUUUGAGCUGUUCCAAACUUGCAAUGACAGACUUUAAAGUGCAAUUAUUUUCCGGAUCA